CUUUGGCAUGGAGCUUCUUCGCAAGCGAGAUAAUCCUGAAUAUAAGUAUACAAUAGCGAUGAUGGGCUAUGGUCCAGAAGAUACAAAUACUGUCUUGGAGUUGACCUACAAUUAUGGUGUUACUGAAUACGAGAAAGGAAAUGCUUAUGGUCAGAUUGCAAUAGGCACAGACGAUGUUUAUAAAACUGCAGAAGCAAUUGAGCUAUGUGGGGGUGUAAUUACCCGAGAACCUGGACCUUUACCUGGCAUUGAUACCAAGAUUACUGCAUGUCUUGAUCCUGAUGGUUGGAAGUCGGUAUGACCUUUUCUUUUCAAUUUUCAUCACUUAAUUAUUAAUA